AUAAAGCCAAAAUGAAAAAAAGUAAAUACCUACGUCAAGGUACACAUGUCAGAUAAAUUUGUAUACAAUGAAAUUGUCCGAAUUGCGCGAGAUUUAAUUACGAAAAACUAUGCUUCAUUGGAACGCCGAUCAUGGAAUAGACAUCAACCAUUCUUCAUCCACAAAAUGUCACGUGUUUUAUAGUUUGAGAUGUUUAGGUGUAACUCGGCGAAUCCACGGAUAAUAGUGACAACACAAAUUUAAAAAACCUACGAAAUACAUUAACAUUUUUCAUCGAAUUUUAAUGAAGUUCCCGCGUAAUCGUGAGCAGGGUCGCAAUGACAUUGAGCACUGAUUUAUCAAAAAUUGUAUACUCCAAUGACUAUGACAUGUAUCAGGUUUCAAUAAGUGGUUAUCGCCUCGCUGAGGUUACUCACGGAAAACGAUUUUACGUUUACACGAUAGAAGUUAGAGACACCAGAGGCGGUGCAAAAUAUUCCAUUAAUCGACGAUACAGUGAAUUUAAUGCUCUACACCGUGCGUUGAAGAAAGAGUGCGAUACAGCGCCUUUUCCACCAAAACGAGUAAGAAAUUCUCAACCAAAAGUAUUGGAACAGAGAAGAAUAGCUUUGGAGUAUUACGUGCAAAAAAUGUUGCGGCUUGAGACUACGAAGAAGCAAGUAUUGGAAUUUUUGGGUAUCGAAGGCAUCCGACAACCUGAAAAUAUUAGAAAAAGAACAGUCCAGGAAUCUGAUACAAGUCGAACGAACCAAAUGUUCGAUUGUCCUUCGAUCGGUCACCAACCUGUGAUGACAUUCAAACACGAUCCAUACCUUCAGACACAAAGUGACACGCGUCUGCCGGAUAUUGUGACUCAAGGAGUUCUCUUAGGUAUUUACAAAACCGCGAAUUAUUAGAUAUUCAAGAAUUUCCUACAAGCAUUGACUACAACAUAUGAAUAUAUUGAAUAAUAUAGUGAUUUAUUUGUACUUUUAUAAAUAUGAUACGAUCUUGCUUAUUGAAAUUUUCUACCAGUACCUGAAGCACCGCUGUAAUUAUUUGAUGCCAAUUAUUUUCCAAUGAAGUGAGAUCUUAUAAUGCUUAUUUAAUAAAUUGUUGCAUAUUGAUGCAAACGAUUGAUUUUUUAAAACCAAUAAAGAAAUAAAUGAAGAAGAAAACAAA